GCCUUACAACCGGAAAAGCUGUCUGCAAAAAAUACGUGGCGGACCUGUAUUGUUUAUGAUAUUUGGCUUGAGCUGGAGCUAACAUGACGCAACGAAAUGGAUCUAAAAAGGGUUUGAAGUACUCCUAACAACAUAAUCUCUCAUCAUCUGUCUAGCUUUUCAACAAGAUCGUCGACAGCGGCCCACACGGUUCGAUUUUUCCGUGAAAACGGCUCAACCAGGAAGUGACCGUGCCCCCCUCCCCACCGGUCAGACCCAGAGGCGAGUCUCUGUGUAUCCCUUCUCAAGGAACCCCGCCGGCGCGAUCUUGCCACAGCUGCUACGGAGAAGCCACGGGAACUUUUAAAAUGAAGCUUCUUAGACCGCACCAAGCGUGCCUGUUAGCCGCAGUGAUGUUUGUUAGUGUCACACAAGCACAAGAUAUUAUAGGAAGGGCCCAAGAGGCUGUAGCUGAAGAAAUGAAUGGUAACCAACAGCAGCAGGAUAACGCUCAGGAGGACCCACCGCCGGAGAUGGCCCGACCUCGGCUGACCCCCGAGGAGGAGCGGCGGUUCAGGGAGCUGCAGAGGCAGCACUACGAGGAGGAGCAGGACAGAUACAUCCAGACACGCCCCACGAUGCGCGACUCCGCCACUCAGAGACAGGCCCGGGCCUUACAGCAGCAGAGGGAGGCUGAGAAGAGAACUGAGGGGAGCUCUGUAGAUGGACGGGAGGGGGGAGAGGAAAGUACUCCUGGCCCAGAGAUAGGUAGAUCACAGGAGUACUAUAGGAAGGGUAUAGAGGUGCCCAUGCCCCAGUAUAACCCAGUCCCCUCCACCACACCUAUGCCUCCACAUCAGGCAGGUUUCUUUGGUUCUCAGAUUGAACAGGAAGACGCAGAACAGCCACCUGAUCCCCACCCCCUGGAGGAGCCCCCCACCCCCUCAGAGGUGCCCCCCACCUCAGGGGAGUCAGGCAUGGAGCCCCAAGAGGAAGAAGAAAUGACAGAGGAGAGGAGGGAACAGUUGGAGAAGGAGAAGGAGGCUGAAAGGCUGUACAAUGAAGGGAUGGCUCUUAGAAACAGCACAAAGAAGUCAGACCAAAAAAGUGCCUACACAUUCUUCCUGGAAGCAGCUGAGCUGAACCACACAGAGUCCCAGGAGCUGGUUGGGUUUGCUCACCUGUAUGGAGACUACCUGUCACACAACGUCACCCGCGCCUUGGAAAUCCUACAGGAACUGGCAGACAAGGGGUCCCCAAAGGCUCAGAUGGGAUCAGGGUUCAUGUAUGCAGCCGGUAUUAGUACCAACUCAAGCCAAGCUAAGGCGUUGGUUUACUACACCUUUGCUGCCCUUGGUGGGGAUCCUCUAGCACAGAUGGCCCUAGGUUACCGGUACUGGUCAGGGAUAGGAGUGGCCCAGAGCUGUGAGUCGGCCCUCACUUAUUACAGGAUGGUCUCCAACAAGGUUGCGGAGGAGGUUUCAGUGUCGGGUGGCGCGGCGGUCCAGCGAGUGCGGCUGCAUGAUGAGGUGGAGAAUCCCGGAGGAAACAGCGCCAUGUUGGAUGACGACCUGAUCCAGUAUUACCAGUUCCUGGCAGACAAGGGGGAUGUCCAGGCCCAGGUUGGCUUGGGUCAGCUGAACUACCAGGGUGGGAGGGGGGUGGAGCAGAACUACCAGCGGGCGCUCGACUACUUCCAACAGGCUGCAGCAGCAGGCAACGCCAACGCCAUGGCCUUCCUCGGCAAAAUGCACUCAGAAGGAGCAGGUGACGCAGUGAAGCCAGACAACAACACGGCGUUCCAGUACUUUAAGAAGGCGGCAGAGCAGGGGAACCCGGUGGGUCAGAGCGGGCUGGGGCUGAUGUACAUGUACGGGAAGGGGGUGGAGCAAGACUACAGCAAGGCCUUCAAGUACUUCUCACAGGCAGCUGAGCAGGGAUGGGUGGACGGGCAGCUGCAGCUGGGCAUCAUGUACUACAGUGGUCUCGGUGUGCGUCGUGACUACAAGAUGGCCAUCAAGUACUUCAACCUGGCCUCGCAGUCGGGACAUGUGCUUGCCUUCUACAACUUGGCGCAGAUGCACGCCACUGGCACGGGCAUGAUGCGGUCAUGCCACACGGCAGUCGAGCUGUUCAAGAACGUUGCGGAGCGUGGCCGCUGGUCAGAGCUGAUGAUGGAGGCCCACAACCAGUACAAGGACGGGAACAGCAACUCUGCGCUGGUCAUGUACACCCUGCUGGCCGAGCUGGGCUACGAGGUCGCACAGAGCAAUGUCGCCUUCAUACUAGAUCAAGGAUCGAGAACUCAUGUGGUUGGUCAGGAAGAGGUUUAUCCAAGGGCGCUGCUUCACUGGGGUCGUGCUGCAGCUCAAGGUUACACAGUGGCACGUGUGAAGCUCGGCGACUACCACUACUACGGGUACGGGACAGAAGUGGACUACGAGAUCGCAGCCACGCACUACAGGCUGGCGUCUGAGCAGCAGCACAACGCUCAGGCCAUGUUCAACCUGGGCUACAUGCACGAGAACGGGCUCGGCAUGAAGAAGGACAUCCACCUUGCCAAGCGGUUCUACGACAUGGCUGCAGAGACCAGUGCAGAUGCCCAGGUGCCCGUGAGCCUUGCUCUGAUGAAACUGGGGGUUCUCUAUGGGAUGGAGUACCUGGAGCAAGCAGGCCAGAAUGGCCAGCUGUGGACAGUGGACCUGGAGACCUACUUUGGGCCAGAGUGGGACAUCUGGCUGUGCACCCUGCUGGCCUUGCUGUUGGGACUGGUGGUGCUGUACCGCAGGGCCCAGAGAUGAGAUAUAGUACACAACAAGGGGGGAGGGGGGCAAUCAGUGCUGUUACAUUUGACUGUAUGGACAAGUCCCUUGUUUUAAAAACUGUAGGAACAAAAUGGGUACUCAAAGCAUGUAAAUUCAUUCCAACACUUACAUAGAGGAAUAGGAACCUCUGAAAACCAUACAAGCCCAAAGACUAUGUUAAGUUUCUAGUAUCCUCUCUGAAAUCAUCAGAUUUUGUAGAAAUGUAAGGCACAAUUUUAAACUCAAAGGGAACACGUUGAACAGCUGUUAUAAAGUGGGGGGGGGGCAAUCAUUUUAGUUUCAGAGCAUUAAUAGGUUGUUACAGGUAGUACAAAAUUGUACCUGUGCAGGUCAGGUUGCAGCACAGAACAUGCCUGUGUAACAUCAAAACUACCAUUGCAUAGAUACAUGUAGGUCUGGGCAGGGCAAGGGAAGGGGUGCACUGUCUCUUGAUCAGUUUUCUUUUAAUUUCUAAUGUAUAGUAUCCUCCAUAAUCACCCCCUUCCACAUCUGUUUGUACAUGUAUCUUUGGUGAUUUUGGGGGUAACAGCAACUGUUGAACUCUUGCUGGCAGCCACUACAGCAGUGGCUCGAUAGGCUGUCAUGGAAAUUGGUCUGUUCAUCAUGAGACCUUUGCAUUUUAUUGAAUUGAAUAUUGUAUGUAGUUUGUUAAACACAUCUUGAAGGCAACUACAUUGUAGUUGCAAUUACAUGAGGAGGGGAAGUCAUGAUUACAAUCAGUAUUUCUUCAUUGAACUUUUUCAACCCUUUGAGAAGCCAGGAUGAAAGUGUUUGCUUUCUGUUUGGAGUGUAGAAGAGGUAUGUUUCUAUUUUUGUUUUCAUCCUAUUUGGAAAACAUUUCUGUUCAAGCAAAAAUGGUUAUAAGCUCUUAAAUUGCACAUGCUGAUAUGUGCAGGCUGACCCAAUAUCAUUGGUGCAACGAUGUGUAACUUUAGGAGUAAAUUGUAAAUGUACAGUCAGUGCUGUGUGAAAACAAGCAAGGCAGAAAUGCAGCAAUAUGAAAAGGUUGUUAGCCUUCAGUAAUGUAGCAAUACCAGUACAAACUGUGUAUCCAUAGAUUGCUGAAGGAUAAUGUAAAUGGACUUAAGGACUCUACAACCAAGGGUGCACAGAGAAAUACCAGUAUGAAUGCUUGUUGUAUCCAUAUUCCCUUGUGUAAAAUUCUAUCAAAACUUUAUCCGUUUCUACUGUUGAUAACUGUCAGCUUAUAGUGAUCCUAUAGUGAUGCUGCAUGUCUCAUAGCUGCAGCCAAGAGCAGAAUCCUGCAAACACUGUUGUUCACUUGUAACUCUAUAAAGGCAUUGGAAAUUUGAAAAAUCUACUGGUAAAUACAAAAUUACCUCUUGUACUGUAGCAGACACAAAAUACACUAGGUCAUGCUAUUACUUAGAUACAAUCAAAUACUAGUAUGUACAAAUGACUGCCUCUAGCUACAUAAGGAUGACCUGCUCAAUGUGACCUCUUUUUGGUGAUCUUUCAGAUAACUUUUCCCAUUGACACAAGCAUUCAAAAUCCUGUCCACGUAGAUCCAAUUUUAUUGGUCCCCUGGGGGUCUCCUUGGGCAGUUUUGACUGUAGAUAUAAGCUCUUCCAAUUCAUAUGUGAAACUUUGCUGUACAUUUAGCAAAAGGUUGAAAUACAAGACUGAAAGUUAGUUGAUUUUCCAAAUUCCAAGUGUCUUUCCAACAAUAGAGUUACCGGUGUACAUGUGGUGUGUGGGACCAGGUGACUACACGUAGUACCUGCUUGUUUGGAGAGAAGCUCUGUAUAAAUAAUUUGUUGUUGCUCCUGUAUAUCUGUAUAAAGAGGACUGUUUCUGACAU